AUGGGAAGAAGAUUGUGGGGUGAGGAGCCACACAAGUUCAAACAGAUCACUGGGGCCACCGGAGCUCGUUGUGUACUCUGUCAGGGCUUCCUUUUCACGUUGGCUUCAGCAAGAGCUGUUGGCUGUUCUGUUUGUGGCCUCGUCUGUCAUGAGAAGUGUGCUCCUGGAGUUCCCAAGACUUGUCCGGGCCACUCAUCCGGACGUGUAUUUAAUUCCAGCUGUCCAACAACCCUCGGUAUUGCUACUUCUAUUACUAGCACUGGGAAUAAUCCUGUUUCUUAUCUAUCGAAUCAUCUACCGGGUCAGCCUGUUCAGCCCCAGGCACAGAUAUAUUCACGAAGCUCGAUGCAGACUGGCACUGGCCUCACCAGUCGGUCACUUUUACCGGGCCGUCUUGAACUAGUCCCAGAGGUUCCCAUGACUUUGCCUGCGUACGGAGAUUCGGUAAACGGUGUUAUGUCCACGAGGUUGGUACGGCGUGUAACACCCUCCUGGAUCGAAGUUCCAAAUGAGGCCACUUCAAUCGGGCAGACUAGAACAGCCGUAGAAAUUGAGAACGGUGAUGCCCCACCGAGGCCCCACUUAAUUGUAGCACGACAAACAGGCAUACAUAUUCCUCAAGCGUCUAGUCCAGCAUUAAAGCGAAUGGCGGAUCUUCCCUCUCCUGGAGGCGUUUGCCAGUCUUUAGUUCCAGACCUGGAUACCUGGAGCCAAGACCUGAGCAAUAUUCGGCACUCGCCUAGUAACGGGACUAAUGUUCUUCCGAUCCACUCGCGUGCUUCACCUCCUCUCCGCACCGCCUCUUCUGCAAUCGAAGUCUGCCCAACUGAUGUACUAGUUAGCCCAGUCGGCCUCUCUCCAACGCCUCUGUCCGUUGGCAUUACAUGGUCGCAAUCUGGCUUCGGGAGCCGACAAACCUCGUCACCUGUGACAACGGCACCUAGCCAUGUGAUCACCCAUUCGCCUGCCGCUGUUUUUGGCACUGAUAGGGUCCCUGGAUCGAGAUCUAAUCCUGUACCAGCAAACUUACAGUCUGUCGCGUUCUACGGUUAUUUACGAAAACAGAGUCAUCGCAGAAUGCUUCAGCAAUGGAAAAGGCGCUUUUUUGUUCUGGAUACUUGCCGACACCAGCUACGCUACUAUGACACUGAAUUGGAUGAGGUGCCUCGAGACAUUAUCGACUUACAGGAGGUGCGCUCGGUUCGUCUGGUUCGCCAAGUUCCACCUACCAAAUCUCGUUUGCCCGAUUCUCCGAUUUUUGAAGUAAUCACCUUUCUCAUUUUUUCCUCUGCUUUUAUUCUCUUUCAUAUCUCUUAA